AUGGAGCGAGCAGGGCGAUACGAAACUGCACUUCUUCGCGGAGAAAGUGCUGUACAAUUGCCUCCGAUCCGAACAAGACCCUUCGCUCGACGAUCCCAUUUUCAUGCUCUACGACGGAUCCAAAAAUACCGACGUUUUCCCUUCUUUUUUGCUCAGCCUCACACACAGCGAAUCGCGGAUAUCGUCUUCAUCCACGGAUUGCAGGGGAGUUUCUUCUCCACCUGGAUGGUCCAGCAAGAGACCUCCGAUUUCCACCACAUCACGUGCUGGCCCGCAACGUAUCUCCCCGCCUACCUCGCCAACCACGACGUGUCGCCGCCCGUUCGCAUCCUCUCCGUCAGCUACCACGCGCGGAUGCGGAAAUCUUCGUCGCCGCAUCCCACGCUUUCCAUCCAGGAGCAGGCCGCCGACCUCCGGAAGCGGCUGGAUUCCGCGGGGAUCGGCGAGCGGCCGGUGAUCUUCGUGACGCACAGUCUUGGCGGGCUGAUCGUGAAGGAAAUGCUGGUGGACGAGAGCAAAGAUGUGUACGCGCCGCUCCUCCACCAAACCAAAGCGAUUGUGUUCUAUUCGACGCCUCACCGCGGUUCUCCGGUGAUCAAGAAGAACAUCUCGCUGCUGCACGCGCUGUUCGGGUUUACGCCGGUGAUCAGCGAGCUCCAGAACGACUCUCCGCUGCUCCUCGAUCUCAACGACGCCUUCCUCGAUCUCUCUCCGCUCCCCGACAUUCUCUCCCUCGGCGAGGAAGCGCCCAUGCACGUGGGAAAGUACGAAGCGCUCGUGGUGCCGCCGACGUCUGCGAAUCCGGGCGUCGGGGAGUUUAUUCAGGUGAAAGGGAAGGACCACCGCACGGUGUGCAAGCCGAACGACGUGGAGGAUCCUUCCUUUGUGAUUCCUGCGGAGUUCAUUCUGAAGGAGCUGGAGAAGAUUCGGAGUCUGGACGAUUGCACGGCGGAGAAGAUCGUCGCCAAGGCGCGAUGGGUCGAUCGGCUGCGAGGGCUUUCGCAGAAGCAGAAUUGGCGUGUUUGUUAA